AAUAUGUUACUUUCUAGAAAAAGUUUGCCUUUUAGAACCAUGCUUCUGAUAUUGUUGCUUCAACACAGUACUUGGAAAAUGGGGGAAGCGAUUCAUCCAUUAUGUGCCCUGGUGGCUCAGCAUAUGAAGGCUCAGGAGCAAUGCAGCCAAACACAGCAAGAAGAGAGCAGGAACCACAGCAUAACCACUGGGUGCCGGACCGAGUGGGAUAAUCUUCAGUGCUGGCACAGGACCAACGUUGGCCAGGUGGUUAACGUUUCUUGCUCUGAAGUGUUCCAGCUCUUCGGCAAAAAUCAUGGUUACAUAUUUCGGAACUGCACUGAGAAUGGCUGGAGUGACCUGUACCCAUCUCAUGCGAAUGCUUGCACAACUGUAGACAACCUGACCGAGAAUGAGAUGACAUAUUAUUCCACCUUCAGACAGGUCUACACUGCAGGCUAUGCUACCUCUCUCAUCUCCCUCAUAUCGGCUAUCUUUGUCUUUACAGCCCUCAGGAAAUUCCACUGCACGAGGAAUUAUAUCCACAUCAAUCUGUUCUCCUCCUUCAUCCUGAGGGCCAGUGCAGUCUUCAUUAAAGAUGUUGUCCUCUUUAGUGAUGAGGACCAUGACCACUGCAGUAUGUCUACAGCCUCAUGCAAGGCCGCAGUGGCCUUUUUCCAGUUCAGCAUCCUCGCUAACUAUUUCUGGCUGCUGGUGGAGGGCAUGUACCUGCAGACUCUGCUAGCUUUCACCUUUGUUUCCCAAAAGAAGUAUUUCUGGUGGUACAUCCUUAUUGGCUGGGGCCUUCCAACAACAAUAUUGACCAUUUGGGUGCUGGCCAGGAAUUUCUAUGACAACAGAGGGUGCUGGGAUGACACAGACAUAGCCCUCAAUUGGUGGAUUAUAAAAGGACCAAUCACAGCAUCCCUUUUGGGAAACUUCAUCAUCUUCAUCAAUGUAAUCAGAAUACUCGUUCAGAAGCUGAAGUCUCCUGGAGUUGGAGGCAAUGACACCAGCCACUUAACGAGGCUGGCUAAGUCCACUCUGUUCCUGAUCCCACUGUUUGGCAUGCAUUACAUGGUGUUUGCCUUCCUGCCGGAGAGCACAGGAGAGGAUGUUCGCUACUACAUCGAGCUUGGCCUGGGAUCUUUUCAGGGUUUUGUUGUGGCUCUGUUGUACUGUUUUCUCAAUGGAGAGGUGCAAGCAGAGCUGAAGAAGAGACUGUGGAAGUGGCAGAUGCAGGGUUACCUGAGUUACAGUAAGAGGAGGCGGACCCUGUUUACAGAGAGCAGCACGAUCACACAGAUUUCUGUUCUAGAAAAACAAAGCCCCAAAGAGCAGGCUUCCAGUGAGCUCAACAACAGUAUUUCAGCAGUUUGAAGCAAGGAGACGCUUAAACUCAUUCACCUUUUCUGUCCAUUUUGUCUCAGAAGCAUCCCCUAUCUCUGUAAUAGUUUUGACACCAACAAAGAAAUGAGACCAUCAUGAAUAUCAUUAGUAUUAGUGUUGUUAAUGCUGUUAAUAUCUUUCAUAUGAAACAGCACAGAUGACAUUUAAAGUCAGGGAUGUGACGCAUACUCUCACAGUUCAUAUAAUAUGUUAUAUACAGAGAAAUAUUGCCAUGUUCUCAGUGGUGGUGGUGUUUUGAGCAAAUAUGUAAACUUUAAAUAUUUUAACAUUAAAUAUUUUUAUUUUAAAUUUGAAGAUCUACAUUUUAAGAGGGUAUAACAGGUAAUAAUAGCUUAUAUAGUGGUUUUGUUGGUGAAAUAUUCCAGAGAGUGCCAGUCUGGUUUCUGUUUCCAUUUUCUUCAGUGCACUGCCACCGAUCUGUGUUCUCUGAGAAACACUUGCACAGUUCCAGUCUCUUCUGUUUCUUUGUAUUGUGCACAGUUUCAUCCAGUCAGUGUAAAUGCAUUUCCCACUCAAUAGGAAACUGAGAGUUGUGUUUAUAGAGUCCUUGUUCUUUGACCAUCUUCACAUAGCUUACCAAAAACCAUGCUGUGUCUGCCAUUUUUCAAUUGUAUAGGGAGUGGGUGAAUGGUUCUUUUAGCUUUUAGACCAUUUAUGUCAUCUUGUUUGUCCAUAGUUCUUUGUUUCAGAUGUCUGUUGUCUCAUCACUCUGCUUUUCCCUUUUUGUAGGCUUGUCUUUGAUGCUCAUGAGAGCUUUGCAUGGUGUACCAUAGCUUUUAUGAUUUUACUGUCAAAGACUAGCAGUGUCAAUUACUUUUAUGGGAUUUCUUUAGCGCUUUGGUCAUACCGUAAAUGUGAGUUGUUUUUGCUAAGUAUUAUAUAAACCUGUGAUUAUUUUCUUAGUAUGUCAUAGUUCCAUUUUUUUCCCCUUGCCCUGAGCUGCUAGCCUAAUUUGAAUUCUUUCAAAAAUUCUUGUUGUUUCCAAAUUGCUUACUGUGAUUCUUGUAAGCUAAUGAUAGUGUUAAUGUAAAUCAACUCUAAAAUAGACACCAAAGCUAAAAAUGUUGUUUUAUACACAUUUAAUUGACCUAAUUCAGCUAAAAUUAGAGGCCUGAAAAAGUGCUUUUAUUCCAAAGUGAUAAAAUACAUUAGCAAGAAAUACCCAGACUUUACUAUGACAUUCAUUUUUGAAGGCUCUGUACAUUUUAUGCUACAAUUUGGGUUAUGUCUGUGUAUAUAUUUGUGCAGUUCUGUAUGUGCAGUUAUAUCUUCCCUUCUGGAAUGUGCUUUUGGCUUCAGCGAGCCAGUUUUACUGCCUUAUAGGUCACUUUUGAUAUAUAAUUCUACUAAAAGCUAAAUAAUUGUAUGUGCCCUUGGUGUUCAUUUCUGUAUUUGUAUGAAUAGCUAAUUAACUAUAAGGUGAAAUUCUUGUGUGAAUUUUAAAUAAAUGCAGCAUAUUGCACAGUACACUGGCCCUAUGUGCACGCACACACACACACGCACGCACGCACGCGCACACACACACACCCACACACACACACACACACACACCAGAGUGGAGAAGCACUAUGGGCCAUACAAAGCUUUCUCUUCUUGAGUGGUAUUUUCAAUGCUUUUUUUCACUAUGGUUCAAACAUGGGUUGAUUUUAACAUCAAUAUAUGUUUUUAAAAAAUGUAGUUAAUCAGAACAUGUUUUGGUUUCCAAUUAUAUUUUUACAGUUAUGCAUUGAAGCCACAAUGUACAUAACAAAUAAGGAAUACCACACCCAUUAGCACUGCACAAGCUGCAUGCUUAAAUCAUCACAUACUUGACUCACACUGCGACGACAAGUGUGUAGGUUAAGUAGGCAGUGUUUAUGUGGAUAUUUUGUUUAUUGUGACUCUGUAUGAAAUACUAUUAUUUAUAUAGAUGGGAAAAAGUAACCAUACAGGAUCCUUCUUCAAGAUGGCCAGUACUAUUGUUUUUAAAUCUAUGACAUAUGUUUGACUGGUUUUACAGAUAACAGCAUGACACCUAUAGACUGUCAGCAAACAUACUCUGCAACCAUAUCUGUUUAAAAUUAAGAAACUGGUGCAGUUUGAAUAGGAUGAGUUUACAAUGCAGUUCACAUGCUGGUAAUUAGUAUUGUAUGAGCUUCCCUUAGACUGAUUGUUAGCUAUUUUAUCCCCAUUGCUCCAGUGCAAAGAUAAAAACAAAAUUGUGGAUACCAAACAUGUUGGCUGAUCAGCUUCAUUUGUGGGAAGAGGAAUAUUUUGUGUAUUAUGGAUUUGGCUUCAAAACUGUUGUCUUAUAUAAUUCUGCCUUGAAAACAUCUUACUCAAGAAUGCUUUGCAGUGUAUAUAUAUCUGGAGCACUAGACUGUAAAGGUUCCUGUUUAAUAGAAUUAAGCUCUUCGCUUAAAAUUGUUGUUAAUUGGUUGUUGCUUAAUGUUUCUGUAAAUAAGAUUACUCUGUUAUAAAUAUUAAUAUAGAUUACUGAUACCUUAUUAUUUUCAUCAUGUGUAAUUUAGAUAUUAAAUCUACCAGUGUGACUUUCAAAUACAAAGGUUCAUUUGAUUUGCAAUAAAUUACAUUCCACACUGCAUUUUUAAAGACUAAAAGACUAUGUUAAUAUAACAAUUUUAAAGGAUUUAAAGUGUGCCGACUGACAGCAAUGGUCAGAUGGAAAUAAAGAGAAACAGAUUUGAAUGGUAAAUAUAUCCUAAAUUUUUGUGCUUCAGUUGUUUGUACAGUUUGAAUUUGCGAUAAACAAUUUAAAUAAACAAUUUGUUUCCACUUUCUUUUUAAAACACAAUGCUUAAUAUUUAGUUUGACCUUG